AGGCUUCACAUCCUGCACUAGGAGUCCUAUGUGUUCGUAUUACUGCUUGGCAGGGGGCUCGGUGUCACACCUGGUCGGCUGUCCUCACCUGUGUCACCUCUUCACCCCCUGCAGCCUCCGGAGUGAAAGUUUACACCGUGCAGGGGGCAGGGCAGUCAGCAGCACCUGAGAGAGCCGCCCCUCCCCCCUUUCCCCAGCAGGAUCUCAAACUACCACCUUCUAUCUCCAGCACUAGAAGGGCCAGGGCACCCCAUGCCCCAUCUGAUCGUCCUAACCACUGACAAGCCUGAUAGCACUCGCCGUCUUCCUGGAGCUCUUCUGAUCUGGAUAUAAAACAAGCCACAAGGAAGUCAGCGUCCACCAGACCCAUCGCCAGCUGCUCUUCUGCCAUUGGUCAACAUGUCUAGCCAGGUGCCAGUGGAUAUGAUUAAUUUACGCCUUAUCUUGGUAAGCGGCAAGACAAAAGAGUUUCUCUUUUCUCCAAAUGAUUCAGCGGCAGACAUCGCAAAACAUGUCUAUGAUAACUGGCCAAUGGAUUGGGAAGAGGAGCAGGUCAGCAGUCCGUGCAUUCUCCGACUCAUUUAUCAAGGACGCUUCCUCCACGGCAAUGUGACUUUAGGAGCAUUAAAACUUCCACUCGGCAAGACAACAGUGAUGCAUUUGGUUGCCAGAGAGACAUUGCCAGAGCCAAACUCUCAAGGUCAAAGAAACCGCGAGAAAACCGGAGAGAGCAACUGCUGUGUAAUUCUGUAAAUGACGAUGUGUCUGCGACGUGUGAUGUAAUAUAGUCUUUGUCUUUCAUGCUGCUGGAAUAGAGGAGACCCAUUGCUUCAGAGAACCUUAGAACAACACCCUGUCAUCCUGUCUAAAGGACUGGUUACGUGAACUCUCAUUAAACUCUUCAUCAGAAGAGACUAAGGACAUUCUCCAACCUGAUUUUUCUGUUUUUUUUACUUUUUUCUCCCCCCACAAAAUAACUUUGUAGUACGUCUAGUAUCUCCAUAUUUGAAUCCACUCAGUCUCCAGGGGAAAAAGUCGGUCCGUUCUCUUCCACAACAGUGAACAUAAUCUUGCUGCAGCAUAACAAUACAAACCAGAAUCAAUGAUUUCAGGCUGCCCGUACACAGAUUGCACUCGAGCCAGUCUUCAGCAUCUGAUAGCUGUAGCCAUAUUAAUACAACAACUUACAGGACGAGUUACACUGGAAAUCAAGGCUAUCCAAUCAGACUGAAAUCUAAGUAUUAGUGAGAAGAAUUCUACCUAACCUAUUUACUGCCCUUAGUGGCACACGGUAGUAUCAGUUGAGCGAUGAUAUGGUUUAUUUUCAAGGAAUGAAGUUUAAAUGUGCCUGUAAACUGAAAGCACUCUGCAGGGGGCGCCGGAGCAAUGUUUAAUGUACUAUCCUGUGCACUCUCUCUUGAGCAUUUGUUGCAUGCGCACUCGUACCAUGCCUACGAGAGGAGUGCCUUUCCUAGCCUUAAUAUGGGAGGGUCAAGUAUCCUAUAGUCCAUAAGCCUUUAUUAAUGUGCAGAGAUAUUAGCAGAUGUCAUUUAUUAAUCAACUUUGUGUUUUAUUAUCCAAUGGUGAUGUUUUCAGUGACAAAAAACCCGACUCAUCCAUAAUCUAGUGUCCAAUUUCAUGCUAUUGAAGAUAUUAAGACGACAGUUUGCUACCAUAGUAACAAGACUUUGUUUUUUUGUUUUUUCUUUUUCUUUACGUAGCCGGCAUUCGUACUAGUGCUUGCAAGGAUAUUAAAAUCUCCGACAGGACAAAAACAUUUAUCCAUUUCAUUCACAUAAUUUAAAGAUAUACUAUAUUGAAUUUGCACAGCACUAAAGCAUGGAUCUACGUUUCAUUUUAAACUGUAAAAAA